GUGAACCGCUGGAGCAGAAAGUGGAAUAAAAGCCUCCGAACGCAUCGACCGUCACCUGAGCUGAAGAUGGAGGGGAUGUACGUGGAACUUCUGGCUUUGAGGAUCGUCAUCUCUAUCGUUGGCGUCGUAGGAAACACAGUCUUGAUCAUCUCCAUCCUUCAAACGACGCGCCUGAAGUCCUUCGAGAUCUUUCUUCUCGGUCUAGCUGCAGCAAACCUGGAGGAGAUCAUGAUCGUGGACAUUUAUGACAUCUUGCUUUUUCGCUCCUCGUACAGGAUGAGCGCCUGGACUUGCAGGGGCCUCAAAUUCCUCACCAUCUUCGGCGAGAUCGGCAGCAUCCUCUUCACGGUCCUCAUCAGCGUUUACCGCUAUCAGAAGCUGCGAGACGUGCACACGCGGGUCAACCUGCCCGUCUUCAUGGACAGCCUGCGCUCGGCCGGCGUUCUCGCUGGGUUUUGCGCCACAGUGGCUUUGCUCUUCUGUUUGCCCACGCUUCUGGUAAACCUGGAUUGGAGUCACCCGAACUCUUCCUCUCCGUCCUGUCCGGUCGAUUUCUUCCAGUGCUCGUCAACCAGGUGCCCGACUCGCAACCGCAUCUACAAGUACUCCUUCAUCCUGGUGUGUAACCUGCUGCCUCUGCUUAUAGUCACACUAACGAGCAGCAUGAUCGUCAGGAUUUUAAUCGUUCAGCAGAAGGCGGUGAGGGUCCGGCAGGGUCCGAGUGUCGCGACGACGACGACAGCCCAACAGCGGCCCAAGAAGUUGGGCUUCCAGCGAAGUACGCUGGCCAUCCUGAUGGCCAUGACGCUCUUCCAGGUCAACUGGAGCGUCUAUCUGAUCCUGCAUCUGGCGUGUGAUCCGUACAGCUUCCCGGCCUGGUCCGAGGUGGAGUUCUUCAUCACCACCUUCUACACGGCCAUCAGCCCGUAUGUGUACGGCAUCGGCAACAACCUUUUCAACCUGAAGCGCUUCAUGGGUAGAUAAGAGGUUUAGUAUAAAUAUGAAGCAUUUAAGCAUU